GGGGCGAGGGCGGGGAUUGCCGCUCCGGUCCGCUGAGCUUUAUGGCCUCAGGGGUCUGUGCUAGCGUCUCAGGGAGUGGGAUUGGCGCGACCCUGUGUGCCCUGCUUUGACCUCGCUCAGUCCGCCUCCCUCCUUCCUACAUCUGCGGCCUCUUUCAGUGUGGCGUGGAGUGUCACUUAAUGUCCUUUUAUCUUCCAUUGCUGUUUUUUUUGUUGUUGUUCUUGUUUGUUUGUUUUGUAAUGCGACUUUUCAGACCCUCCUAGUAGAACCGUUUUGGGACCUGAAAGAGGUAACACAAAUGAGAGCCUUAAAAGCAGUCCCUGUCCCUCGUUGUCUGAUGGUCUAUUGUUAAUUUCCCACGAAGCCUGUCAGGUCCCCGGAUGGGGUCAGAGCUCCCCCUGCCGGGGCCCCGACCCUUCUCCCUGAUCCCUACAGGACGCUGGACGAUCCCUGACGCCUUCUGACUUCUUUUUAGGAAAGCAAGGGGAGCAUUUAACUUUUAUAGGGGACCGCAGAACGGUCAGGGUGUUUCACAGCUUUGUUUUCCCCGAGCCCGACCUUUCUAAAAGAGCAGCAGGAAGGGGACUUCUUGGCUACUGAGGGCAAACCUCUACCCAAAUACCACCAGGAACAUACUUGCAACUAGAGACAGCUGAUUGUAACUUUCUGCAGCAAGGAAGCCCACAUACUUGGGUAAUCGUGGGAUGUCUUGUUAAGAGGCAUUUAAGAAGGGCUGGUGUAGCAUUUCAUAUAACAUGCUAGAUGAUAGUAGAUAUUAUAUUAAAUAAUAUUGUUAUCUGUAAUUUAUCAGAUCUGUUAAAAGACUACUAAUACUAUAGCGUUAUUUUUUACAUAGUAUUGGAUAGCAUAUUAUCUAACACCAUGUAAUCUAAUCUGCAGUUCCAUAUUUAAAUUUGUUCAGUUUUUCAUUUGAACUUUUUAUAACUGCCCCCUUCCCCACUCUCCAUCUCUAUCCCCAAAGUUCAAUUUUGUGUAUCAUCUUUAGCUGUCACAUUUCCAUAGUUGUCUUUAGUCUGGAAGGAUUCCACAUCCUUUGUCUGUUAUGUGCAUUGUUGUUUGAAGAGUAUAAGCAAGUUGUUUGGGAGAAAGACAUUCAUUUUUAGCUUGUCUGAUAUAUUUCACCUUUAGAUUCUCCAUUAUUGGUGAAGAUACCACAAAAGUGUUAAGGUAUCCUUUUCAAUGGAACAUAACAGGGUCAAAUGAUAUUCGUUUGUCCCUUCUUUGACUUUUCAACUGUGUUGGCUUAGACAAGAUCAUGUCUUUCAGAUUUGUCCACUGUAACGUUACUUUUUAAAAAAUUAUUAUAAAGUUUCUCAUAGGGAAAUAUAUUAUUAGUGGACAGUCUGCUGUAAAUAGGAGUUUCCAUUUCUCCUUCAUUGAUUCAUUCAUUUGUUGAACUAUAAAUAUUCUAUCAAUAUGGACUCAGAAUCCAACCUUAUUUAUUUUAAUGAUAUAUAGAUUACAAUUCUUUUUUCUAACUCCAGUGUAUUUUACAUAUCAUAGCAUUCACCCAUUUCAGGUGUACAAUUCAGUGACCUUUAGGAACUUUGUGGAGUAACUAUCAUCGUAGUUCAGUUUAGAUCUUUUACAUCCCCCAGUUGGACUCUUCAUGCUCAUUUAAUUUAAACUUCAUUCUCACCUCAAAUCUGCCUCAACCACUAAUCUACUUUCUCCAUAUAUACAUUUGCCUAUUCUGGACAUUUCAUCUGAAUGGAAUCAUAGAAUCCAUGACUGACUUCUUUCACUUAACAUAAUGUUUCCAAGCUUCAUGUAUGUUGUAACAUGAGUCAGUAUUUCAUUCCUUUACAUUCUAAAUAAGAUUUUGUUGUAUGGAUAUGCCAAGAUUUCUCUAUUUACCCAUACAAGGGCCUUUUUGUUGUGUGCAAUUUUGGGUUAGUAUGAAUAAUGCUGCUGUAAGCAUUCAUGUGCUAAUUCACAUCCAUAUUGUUGGGCAGCAUCCCUGGCCACCCUUUCAUGUCUCUCUCUCUGCCUUCCAUGGCAUGUUCCAGGCACAAUUCUUUCUGCUCGAACUGCGUAACUGAGGACUCUGCAAAUUCCCUGAAGUAGGCGGGAAAAUGAUCACAUGCGACGAGGCAGUGACCUUCAAGGACGUGGCUGUGGUCUUCACUGAGGAGGAGCUGGAGCUGCUGGACCCUGCCCAGAGGAAGCUGUAUCAAGAUGUGAUGCUGGAGAACUUCAGGAACCUGCUCUCAGUGGGGCAUCAACCAUUCCAUGGAGAUACUUUCCACUUCCUAAGGGAAGAAAAGUUUUGGGUGAUGGAGACAACAAGCCAAAGAGAAGGGACUCCUGGCACAAUUCUGCUUUCCCUUGAACUGCAUCAUUCAGGACUCUGCAAAUUCCCUAAAGUAGGAGGAAAAAUGACCACGUCCAAGGAGGCAGUGACCUUCAAGGAUGUGGCUGUGGUCUUCACUGAGGAGGAGCUGGGGCUGCUGGACCUUGCCCAGAGGAAGCUGUAUCGAGAUGUGAUGCUGGAGAACUUCAGGAACCUGCUGUCAGUGGGGCAUCAACCAUUCCACCGAGAUACUUUCUACUUUCUAAGGGAGGAAAAGUUUUGGAUGAUGGAUAUAGCAACCCAAAGAGAAGGGAAUUCAGGAGGCAAGAUCCAACCUGAGAUGAAGACUGUUCCAGAAGCAGGACCACAUGAAGAGUUGUCCUGCCAGCAGAUCUGGGAAGAAAUUGCAAGUGAUUUAACCAGGCCUCAAGACUCUACCAUAAAUAGCUCUCAGUUCUUUGAACAGGGUGAUGCCCACUCCCAGGUUGAGGAAGGACUAUCUAUAAUGCAUACAGGACAGAAACCUUCCAAUCGUGGGAAGUGUAAACAAUCCUUCAGUGAUGUUUCCAUCUUUGAUCUUCCUCAGCAAAUACACUCAGCAGAGAAGUCUCAUUCCCGUGAUGAGUGUGGAAAAAGCUUCUGUUACAUCUCAGCACUUCAUAUUCAUCAGAGAGUCCACCUGGGAGAGAAACUCUUUAAGUGUGACGUGUGUGGUAAGGAAUUCAGUCAGAGUUUACAUCUGCAAACUCAUCAGAGAGUCCACACUGGAGAGAAACCUUUCAAAUGUGAACAAUGUGGGAGAGGCUUCAGAUGUAGAUCAGCACUUACAGUUCAUUGCAAAUUACACAUGGGAGAGAAACAUUAUAAUUGUGAGGCAUGUGGGAGGGCUUUCAUUCAUGAUUUCCAGCUUCAGAAACAUCAGAGAAUUCACACAGGGGAGAAGCCAUUCAAAUGUGAGAUAUGUAGUAUGAGCUUCCGUCUUAGGUCAAGUCUUAAUAGGCAUUGUGUGGUCCACACAGGAAAGAAACCAAACAACACUGGGGAAUAUGGAAAAGGCUUCAUCGGUAGGCUGGAUUUGUGUAAGCAUCAGACGAUCCACACAGGAGAGAAACCAUAUAAUUGUAAAGAAUGUGGGAAGAGCUUCAGACGGUCCUCAUAUCUUUUGAUCCAUCAGCGAGUCCACACUGGAGAAAAGCCAUACAAAUGUGACAAGUGUGGGAAGAGCUACAUUACUAAGUCAGGUCUUGACUUGCACCAUAGAGCGCACACAGGAGAGAGACCUUAUAACUGUGAUGACUGUGGGAAGAGCUUUAGACAGGCCUCAAGUAUUUUGAAUCAUAAGAGACUCCACUGCCAGAAAAAACCAUUCAAAUGUGAGGACUGUGGAAAGAAGCUUGUACACCGGUCAUACCGUAAAGACCAACCAAGAGACCACAGUGGAGAAAAUCCAUCCAAAUGUGAGGACUGUGGGAAGCGCUACAAGAGGCGCUUGAAUCUUGAUAUAAUUUUAUCAUUAUUUUUAAAUGACACGUAAGUGUUGUACAUAUUUAAGGGGGAAAAUUUGAUAUUUAAAUAUACGUAUAUGAUGUAUAAUGAUCAAAUCAGUGUAAUUAGCAUAUUUAUCACCUCAAACAAUGAUCUCUUCUUUGUGUUGGGAAAAUUAAAAAUUCAUUGUUCUAGCAA